GCUCGGUCGCUGCUGUUCUCAAAACGCUUCCACGUUCAGCUGGAGCGAGGCGUCCUGCGACGGAGAGCACCCCUUGUCUGCCGCUGACCGUUUAACAGGCUUAUCUUGUUUCUACACACAGACAACUGAUGCUUCAAUGAUCGCGCAGCUUAAUUACCUUCCUUUGGAUGAAGUUGGAGUGUUUCUUUUUGCAAAACACACACACACACAAUGUGACCAUGUUUAGUCAGUGACAGUUUUACCCUUGUCGGACUUCAGAAUACCUUUAUUGAUCCAAGGAGGAGCGACUUAAGAAUGGGCAAACUUCACUCAAAACAUGCGUGCAAGCGCAGAGAAAACCCUGAAGGAGACAGUUUAGUUGUGAACGCCUUCCUCCGGCGAGGGAUGGAGGAGUGUGAGAGGUACAACGCGACGGAUCACAAGCUGAAGAACUUGCAGGAGUUUCCAAAUGGUGAGCUGAAGGAAGGACGAUUCUCAGAUCAACACUGUCCCCUAGAGGUGGUUCUUCCUCCGGAGAAGGCUGAGGGUUGUGAAAACUACCUGCAGUAUCUUCACACAGAGGACAGAGAGCGAGAGAUACUUAGAGAUGCCACCAAAGCCCCUGGGAAGAAACACAUCACUCUGGAUGACUUGGAGUGUGAUGUGUCUGUGGAGGACGACAACCGUCAGGAGUGGAUCUUCACCCUUUAUGACUUUGACAACAGUGGAAAAGUUACAAAGGAGGACAUGUCCAGUCUGAUGCACACCAUAUAUGAUGUGGUGGAUGCCUCUGUGAAUAACUCUUGUCAUAAUAAAAGCAAGACUCUGCGUGUCAAGCUGACUGUCACUCCAGAGCCAAGGUGCCACAGAAGAGAAGCAUGGACAGAUCGCUGUCACCAGGAGGAGGGGCGUUCUUCUGACAAGCGGCUGUCCUCUUACAUUAGUAGCAGAGGGCAUAGCAAUGAGGCUCAAGCCACUGAGGGUCAGCAUUACUGUGUGGAUGAGAAUACAGAGCGGAGGAAUCACUACCUGGACUUGGCUGGUAUAGAGAACUACACCUCCAGAUUCGAAGGUACUGCCCCUGCCAUCCCGCCCCAGGAGCAUCAUGGUCGGAGCUCCCAAAGCCAGAGCCGCUCCCGCUCCCAGGAACCGGAAACCCAGGUUGUCUACCAGCGCCGCUCGCAGAUCAUCAGUGAUAGUUACAACCCCACAGAGUCUCGAAGCAAGGGUGCACAGUCCUUCAAAUCGCCCAAAGGAAAUUAUAAGGGAGGCAGCGGGAAUAACGGGGGGAGCGGAGGCAGCAAAUCUAUUAAAUGUCAUGGCUACCACCCUCCGCUGCAAACUAUGGUGCAUGGCGGUGGUACAGUGGGUCACGGAGGUCAGGAUGUGUAUCAUCUUCCGCACCAAGCCCAACCCUCUGCCCACCACCAGCAUCCUUUGCAAUACAGCCACAGCAAACGGCUGAGGCCCAGAGCCAGAGAAGCCCUGUCCCCAUCCAAAUCUCCACUGUCCCCUCAGUCUCACCCACAACAGCAACCCCCUGUGCCCUCUGUACUGCCGAGCCUGGAGAGAGAGCAUCUGUCUGGCCCACCUGGGAGCCCAGGUUUUGUGGUUCCUGUGGUCCAACGGCACGAGCACCACCAUCACCAUGAACACCACCACCACCACCACUACCACCACUACCAUCAGACAUGACCGCUCUUAGUGUGCAGUGACUAAACCUGUACAGGACCAACCACAAACAACCACACCAGUCUGAAGAACUUCACCUCAUCCCACAGGAGUGUCUUACGUUCUGUCCAGAAUCUUUUUAUUCUCCUCUUGUAAGCUAUACAGAUAUAUCCUGAGAUUAGAUGUACUGAGGAAUCAUGUAGUGUGAUGGCAGAUGAUACUGGACCAGAAGGAUGUUGUUCUGAUGUUAUUGUGUAAGAACAAAAGAUGUGUGGAACAGUAUUGAAGUUUUUGUAGAUGUUCUACUGGGACUACUGCCAUGAUUACUCAUUUUAUAAAGGGUACAGAAACCAGAGAGGAGCAGAUCUAAGAACUUUUUACGCAACAUCCUUUCCCUCUUGAUACGGUUGGUUGAAGGCCCGGGAAGCUACAUAUCGGAAUAGGUUUGUUGUUCUGUGUGAGACCGCUCCAAAACAAGGAUCUCAGGUGUAAAGGUGCUGCUGCUCUUGGGCUUUUCACAGAGGCCUCUUCCUCCUCCAGGCCCAAUGUUGACUGGGGAGGGGGGUCCUAUUGGGGAGUGGGGUCGGGGAGAUUGGGGGGGAUAAAAUUACCAC